AUGGUGCUGCCGUCCAUCGAGGUCUCGCACCUUGCACCCUCGUCGUCCUUCUUCGCCGCCGUGCUCCAGCCCCUCGGCAUCACCUUCGUCGACGCCCCGGCCGCGUCGAGCGCCAUCAUCUUCGGCGCAGACGGUCACCCAGUUCUGCAGCUCCGCCAGGCACCUUCGGCCCGCUGCAGGCUGUCCUCCCUCGUCUUCGCCGCGCCGACUCGGCUGGCAGUGGCCUCUUUCCUCGAAUCUGCGCUGAAAGCCAACCCCGACCAGUCACUGCCAAAGGAGAAAGCAUCAACGACUGAGGACGGCGUGGCUAGAGCCACUGUCGUCGACUUGGACGGCAACACCAUGGAGGCAGUCUAUCCCGACCCUCGUCCGCACAGCGCCGUGCGGUAUAGCGGCACAGCUGUCCGCAAGACGCAAUCAACAACGAGCGAAGUCGGGCGGAUCCUGGAGUGGAACUAUAACGUCGCCUCGUCCGAUGCCUCACCGUCUGCAACGAGACCGCGCCCAGGACCGUCUUCAACAUCACCAAGCCUCGCCAUUCAAAGGUCCCCGUUGCGUCAGCCGGCGUCCGCGGCGCCGCCAUCCAAGACGGAUGCAGCCACGCACGGCUCGUCCCUCAUCAACACAUCGACUGUUGUCGGUGCUCUACUUGGUGUGGCCGCAGGCGCCGCGCUGACCUACGGGAUUGUGUCGAGGGACAAGGAUCGCAACACGCACCAUGACACGGAAGUCCCUCGUACCCUCCCACGGAGAGCUACUUUUCCCGACCGGCCUGCCCUCAUGGAGGCUACAAAGGCAAGUAGCUACCCCGGCGUGCCAAAGGUUGCACCUAGGAAGGCCUUGCCGUACCCCGAGAAGGGAAGCCUGCAGGUUCAUGGCGUGGAGCCUAGACAGCCUCGGCCGCACGAACAUGACAUCGCAUCAUUUGGAAAGCAUCCAACUCGUGGGAGCCCUGAACUGGCGGCGCCGCGAAGCGUUGCAGCUGCCAGAAGCACUGGCAGCAACCGCGCCGGCACCUUUUCGGCUCUCCUCGCGGAAUGGUCACGGCCGCGCACCCAGUACAAGAAGCCGCAGCGAGGCUCCGUCUAG